AUGGAUGAUAGGCGUGCUGCAUCACCAUCACAACAACAACAGCAGCAGCAGCACUAUGGAGCCAUCGAGCAACAACAAGAACAACAACCAGAGAAUUCAGAUCAGCGUGUGCAUAUUUCUCGUGCCGACAGCAACGAUGACGAUGAUAAAGCGACUAUGGGAACAUCCAACAGCGAUCCAACAGCUUGCACAGCAGCAGCUUCGUCUUCGGCACAGCUCAGGUCACGCAAACACAAAGGACGACACCAUGAAAGUGACAAUGACGACGAUGCAGCUUCCAUUGACAGCAGAGAAAUGACACUCAAGGAUAGACAAGAGCAAAUGAACAAACGGCAUCCUUUUGGGUUGCCCAUUUGGAAGCCUGCACUGUAUAAAAAGUCGCGAUCGGUGGUACGCAAGGCGAAUAGUGCUCUUCAUUCAUCGCCAUCAUCGUCUCCUGAGUUGUUUCUCAAUCCAGGCAACAUCUUAUGGGUGCUUAUCUUUGGCUGGUGGCUAGCUCUUGUCAUGCUGAUUCUCUCGGUGCCCUUGAUUCUUGUACCACCCGACGGCGGUGCUUACUCCCGUGUCAUGCGUGAACUCGCCAUCUACCUUUUAUGGCCAUUUGGUCGCUACGUUGAACACCAUGGUGAUGAAGUAACGCCACAUGAUCCAACAGCUGCUGCUGCUGCUGCUGCAUCUUCCGAAGAUGACGAGGAAACAGGUCUUUUGGAUCGACCCACCACACCGAGAAAACAAACACCUCUCAUGUUUGUCGUAUCUGCAAUAUGCUGGUUUUGUGUCAUCACCAUUCCAAUGGCCAAGCUCAACUAUAUUCUCUUGAGACAUUUACGGCGGCAUCCACUUAGCCUUCGAUUCAAAUCAAGUCCCUCUGGUCAAGCAUACAUGACACAAACAGGACGCCCUGCUGUUAUUCUUCUUUGCACCUACCAAGCUAUUGGAUGGCAAUAUUACAAGUAUACCUAUGAUGGCAUCAACAUCAUCUUCAUCAAUCUCAUGCCCUUGGUAUUCUUUGUUAUCUUUGAUGAUUACGUGCUCAAACACUACCUUCCCGAGGAUGCUUUCAUCACCAAACCGCCUGUCGUUUUCACGCUUGCUCUCGCAUCUGUUAUUCCACUUUCAUACUAUAUUGGCAUGGGCAUUUCUUCCGUCUCGGCGCAAUCAAGUAUGGGUAUUGGCGCCUUUCUCAAUGCAUCAUUUGGCAGUAUCAUUGAGAUCAUCUUGUAUGCAGUAGCGCUUAUGGGUGGCAAGAGUGCGUUGGUGGAAGGUGCAUUGAUUGGAAGUGUCAUGGCAGGUGUCCUGUUGAUGCCAGGAUGUUCAAUGAUUAGCGGUGGUGUCAAACGUAAACAGCAAAGAUUCAAUGCAAAGAGUGCAGAGGUGACUUCAACAAUGCUUAUUAUGGCCAUCAUCGGAAGCCUUACGCCAACUUUAUUCUAUCAAAUGUUCGGAUCGUUUGAGCUUCGGUGCAGUGGAUGCCCUGAAAACGCCGACGAUGGCAACAUUGCGUGCUCCAGGUGCUAUUUCGAUCAAAUGAAUCCAACCAUCGAUCCUGUUUAUCAAAACAAAGUGAAACCUCUUAUGUGGUUUUGUGCAGCGAUAUUGCCAUCCGCUUAUGUGAUUGGCAUUGUCUUUAGCCUGCGAACGCACGUGGAUAUGGUAUGGAAAAAACACGACCAGAACGGCAACGCACACAACGUACCGCAUCAGCAGCUGUCCUAUUAUCAAAAAUUGAUGCCUGGUCAUAUCAUUUCGCAUCUUAUCCAUCAGCAGCAGUCAACACCACCCCCACAACAUCCCGGCCAACACCAUGACACAUUGGAGCACCGAGUUGGUAGUGAUGGCAAUGUACAUGUACCCUAUGUUGCCAUGACAACCAGUCACCCCGAACACCAUGGCAUCGAUUCUCAAUCAGGAAGAAGGGGCGAGAAUUUAGUUGUGGGAUCUGCACCCGUGCCUGCAUCAGCAUUUAUCCAUGCGAGAGAGCCAGAGGAAGAAGCUGAGGAAGAGGAAGCGGCUGGACAUGAUUCCCCCAAUUGGAGCAAAGGCAAGAGUUUCACUAUUCUUUUUGGAUGCACCCUGCUCUACUCGAUUGUUGCCGAGAUCUUGGUGGAUACUGUUGAUGAGGUCAUGAAAAACCUGGCAGUGGAUGAAAAGUUCCUUGGUCUAACCUUGUUUGCCUUGGUUCCUAAUAUUACUGAAUUCAUGAACGCCAUUUCAUUCGCCCUCUAUGGUAACAUUGUUCUCAGUAUGGAGAUCGGAUCAGCAUAUGCAUUGCAAGUGUGUUUAUUACAAAUCCCAGCCAUGGUUGCGUUUUCAUUAUGGUACAAUUGGGGAAAGGAAGAACUUGCACAAUAUACAUUUAGUCUUAUCUUCCCUCGUUGGGAUGUCAUUUGUGUGAUCUUUUCGGUGUUUUUGCUCACUUAUACCUAUCAAGAAGGCAAAUCCAACUACUUUAAGGGAUCCAUUCUCACCCUGAGUUACAUAGUUCUGCUGGCCGGCUUUUAUUUCACUCCAUCCACCGAUCAAGAUAGUAUAGCCAUCAACAUUGCACCACCAGCCAACAACGUUUAA